AUAACGUAAUCGGUUAUUUUUCUUUUAAGAUUCCCCGUAUCGUACGCUGAUUAGCGAAUCAGUGUUGAGAUUACAAGAAUCCGGAUUCAUGCGAGAACUCAAAGACAAAUGGUGGAAAGUCCAAGGAGACAAUAAAUGCGAGGAAGAAGACGAAAGCGACGAACUCGGCUUUACGAAAAUCGGUGGCGUUUUUGUGGUACUGGUUCUCGGAUGUUUAAUUGCGUUUAUGUUUUCCAUAUUGGAGUUUUUGUGGAACAUCCGGAAAGUGGCCAUCGAAGAAGAGAUAACACCGAAAGAAGCGUUGAUUUUAGAAUGGAAAUUCGCGAUGAAAUGUGACGGAGGAGUCAAGCCACUGAGGCGGCGGCAUCAUAUCGAUACCGGAACGAACAACUCUGACACAAGCUAAACUCUAAAGAGAAGACUUUUGACAACGAUCGACGACGUUUAGUAUACUUGUUGGUAAACUAUUUUUUUUCCGCCCUGUCGGUGAUAACGAAUUACAAAUUUCAGCUGAAAGAUAUUCAAUAGGAACACAAUUAAAUACAUUUGGGUAAGAUCGACCAACAAUUUCAGAAUACGGCGCGGUAAACGAACAUUAAAUUAAAAAUCUCACAAUGAAUAAUUAUUAUAACUUUGACGUAUUAUACGAAUCUGAAAUGUUUUUGUUUCAAUAAUAAAUGCGGUUAAUUGUUUUACUAUUAAUUAUACAAGUUAUGAUUUUUAAUCAACCCA